AACAGCGGCUGAUAGUUAAACAUCGCUGAGAAUUCUUCCCGCUGAUGGAUCUUGGGUGUCGUUCGAACCUAGAUCCAAAGCCCACCUUGUACAGUACUGAACCAUGGCAGCAAGCAAUAACCCUAACCCAGUCGAGGAGUUUCACCAGCUUCACCAAUCCUCCGCCUUUGUGUUCCUCGUGUACUACCGUGGCCACUGGUGCCCCUUCUGUAUCGCCUAUUUGAAGGAGCUUGUAGCUAUCUCGGAUGAGGUCAAGGCUGCCGGGGGCGUGAUCGCCGCGGCUACGGCGGAGGCGCCCAAACAUCUGGACAAAGUUCGGUCGUCUGCGGGCUUCUCCGACAAAGUGAUUGUCGACCCAGAGAACUCGCUCGCUAAGCACCUCAAGAACAAAGAGUUGCUCGAUGUGGUCAUCAGCGACUCACAGCUUUACCGGCUACGGGGAUACAAGCACGGCAUGGCCCAACCAGCACUGCUUGUGUUGAAGAACGAUGGAACGGUGCUGCAGCGCUGGGCGAUUGUGCCGUCGUUGAUGAAUAUCGGCGGUGCUACGGAUAGGCCGGUGGUAGCUGAGGUUUGGAAGAACGUUGAGAAGCAGCUUCAGGGGGAGGACGUGGUCACCAAGCAAGAAUACACGACAACCGGUGUUCUCCACCCUUUUCGGCGGAAAGCCUCAGGGAAGUGACAUGUUCCUGUUAGAUACCGGGACUGGUGGUACUACGAGAAUACAUCGACCUGUCGAAGACAGAGGGUCGUGUCGCGCGCGUAGCCCUUGCAGCCGCCACUCCGUCAUUACACUGCGAGGGAACUAGCAACUGAAAAGAAGGGAGACCUAUGUUAGGUAUUUGUGGUUCUGAAGGGCGAUAAUUUUGCUUU